UUUGAUUUCGUUCCUUUCCCCGCCUUUUUUCUACUUUGUGGAGCAAUCGAAGUGAGGAAUGUGUGUGAAAGAAUUGGGAGAAGGGGAGGCGAGGCAGCAGUGGUGGUGAAUCGAGGUCAAGCAAUGAACCCAAGCUCUCUUCCCUCAUCACAAGAGCCAAGAAGGUUGCUGGAGAGUGCCCACCUUCUUCCCUCUAUUUUCCAUUAAAAUUGUCCAAAGAAAAAGGAGAAAAGGAUAGUCAAUAGGAAAGAGAAAGAAAGAAAAAGAAUGGUGGGUGUGGGUCUCGGAGAGGAGGAAGGGAAAAAGAAAAGGUUAAAAUUGUAAGGGACCACCAAAAAAUGAGUCAAUUGAGAUUUCCUACCCCUCUACCAGGUAAUUUGAAUUGCACCCUAACGAACCAAUUGUAAUUGCCCC